UCUGGCACACCAAACGACAUGUGCCCUGAGCUCCUUGCCGGCAUACCCUAUGGCUAUAAAUCUGAUAUAUGGUCGCUUGGAUACUGUAUGUUUGACAUUGCUGCACAUCAACCCCCGUUUACAGCUUCUGAUAAAACUGGACUUAUCAACAAAAUAAACCGGGGUUUGUUCUCACCUCUUCCGAUUAUAUACUCCUCCACCUUGAAACAGAUAAUAAAAAGCAUGCUAAGGAAAACUCCAGAACACCGACCUACAGCUGCCGAGCUGUUGAGAAAUCAACAUUUGCAACCAUACCUCCUCUUGUGUCACAACCCUUUAUCUACGUUUCUUCCUGUGAAGUCCCCGAGCAGAACGAAAGAGAAAACACAACCAUCACCUGGAAAAUCUAUCAGUCUGAGGUAGCAGAGACAGACAGUUGAAGCUAAAAGAGAAGAGAACUGUCCUUUACUUUGACGAAAGUGAUAACAUUCAGCCAAGAAACUUAUCUGACAAUUAUAACACGUUCCGAGCCAAAAUUGACACUAAGAGAGUCGAUCCAACAAGCUACUCGGUUAGGAUCUCUCAAGAUAGUGAGGAUUCUAAAAGUGGGGAGAUGAGUGAG